UUGAUGCUAAUUUCAUUUUUAGAUUUAGCGAAUUGUUUGUUGCGCAUCGUAAGUGGUGCGAAACUUGGCUUCGCAUCUGCGCUAGAAGCUCAGUCUUAUUUAAAAGCAUUUUUGUUAAUGUUUCGAAGGAGAACACCAUCAUCCGCUUGGGUUAUUGACCGGUUCUACAUUAAAAUUUUGCAAAUUGAAAUAAUUGUAUUGCAGUUUAGUGAGCCCUUCAUUUUGUAUUCCCAAGGAGUAAUGACACUUUUCUCUGGGAUAAAAUGGAGUGGAGAAGACUCUUUCAGUAAUUAAGGAGUCUUGUUGCGGUCUGAACUCUUUAUUGGAUCAAUUUUACAGUUUGUGUUGACCCAUUAGGCCAGUGUCGUCAUAUCAUGGGCAGUACUAAUGAGGAGAACGGGGAUGUGUUGAGUAAUGGGGAAGUGUUAUCGGCGAUGGAUGAGGAGGAGCAGCUGCAAGAUAGUUUGAGCAGGAGGGGCUUCUUCUGUGAAGUAUGUCGCAGUGUCCCCUCCCUUAUCCAUUCCAGAACUACCCGAGAACAGAGCAAGACCGAACAGAAGGUGGCGCGUAUCUUCAACGACUUCAUGUCUUCAUCAGCCCUUAAAACUCUGAAUUCUCCUUCCAUUUUCUCGGCCGAGUGCACGAUAGACUUUUUGAAGAAGGGACUCUUCCGCUCCCUGUCCUCCUCCUACUGCUCCCUGGACGCAUCUAGGCCCUGGAUCUGCUACUGGAGCCUCCACUGUCUCAGCAUGUUGGGCUAUCAGUGCAGUGAGGAGGAGGCCUCCAAAGUGGUCCACUUUCUGAACAAGUGCAAAGACAGCAAACGAGGCGGCUACGGAGGGGGACCAUGUCAAGUCGCCCAUGCUGCACCCACUUAUGCGGCAGUGAAUGCACUGUGUAUUCUGGGCACAGAAGAGGCACUGUUGAGCAUAGACAGACAGCAACUAGCAAACUUCUUCCUAUCUCUACACCAGCCUGAUGGCAGUUAUGUGAUGCAUGAGGAUGGGGAGGUUGAUGUGAGGGGGGUGUACUGCUGUGCCUCAGUGGCCACCCUGCUCAACCUCAUGCACACACCCUCCUCCUCCCCCCUCUUCGCCAACAGUGCCUCGUGGGUGUCCUCGUGCCAGACGUACGAGGGGGGCUUCAGUGCAGUGCCCUUCAGUGAGGCCCACGGGGGAUACACGUUCUGUGGAUGGGCCAGUCUAAACCUACUGGACAGAGUUUAUCUGUGUGAGAUGGAGUCACUCGUCAAGUGGCUCUCAUCCAGACAGAUGGCAUUCGAGGGAGGCUUCAGUGGGAGGCCGAACAAACUAGUGGACUCGUGUUACUCCUUCUGGCAAUUAGCCCCACUCUACAUCGCCCAGUGUAUACUCCAGACUAGCCCCAAAGAGGGAGCAAAAGGAGAAGGGGGAGGAGAGUGGGACAGACAGGCAAGCGCGACUAGAGAGUCGCUGGAGGAAUUGGGAGCGCCAUUGUUCAACGCAGAAGCACUCACAGAAUACGUGCUACUCUGUUGUCAGAACUACAAUGGGGGCUUCCGGGACAAGCCAGGAGCGAACAGAGACUUCUACCACACUUGUUAUGCACUCAGUGGUCUCUCACUCGCCCACAAUUACCCCUCCCCCUCUGAACUGCAUAGAGACAUGGGUCCCCUCCAGUUGGAACCCAUCAACCCUCUCUUUAAUGUCACCCACUCCAGUGCAGACAGAUGCAGACGCUUCUUCGCAAACAUGCCAACAGUCUCAGUUUCCUCAGAAUAGACCAAAAUGUGCAAGCUAACAGCAGUAGAGUUAGUGGUUCAAAACUAGUCAAACUCCCACUUUGCCCCUCAUUAGUUUCCUAUUUUAUUAGCUUCAGCUGAAUUCCCUUCGACUUAGUUACUUUUUGU